AUGUGUGAUUUUUCAUGCGUUUUUUCAAGUUUAGUAGAUAAAUCAUUCUCACUUUACCCUGUGAAAGCAUCAGUGAGAUCGACACUGUUGGAUGUUAUUUCAGGCGACGAUGCUAUUUGUGCAGUAUGUGGUGAUGGUCAUGCUAAAUUACAUUAUGGCAUACUUGCUUGUUACGGUUGCAAAGGCUUUUUUCGAAGAACUCUAACGGGAAAAUAUCGCUAUAUAUGUCGAUUUGGCAAAACUUGCAUCGUUGAUAAAUAUCAAAGGAAUAGUUGCAGAUAUUGUCGUUUUAGAAGGUGCCUUGAUGUUGGCAUGGAUCCAAAAGCAGUUCGACCCGAUCGAGAUCUAACUGGAAGACAAAAAGUUCCCAGGUUGAAGAAGCGAUGUGUAAACGAUGAUUUAUUCGGUUACACAUUGCAAACUGACUGGUCGCGUAAACUGUCCGUCGAAGCUAGAAUAUUAUUAAUGCAACUGAUGAAUAUAGAUUCUAAAAUUGUAAAGGAUAACAUUUCGGUGAUGAACAACGAGAAAGUGUCGAUUAAUAACUUUUCAUUAAGAAAGCUCUUUGAAAGAAAACCAGUAUUAAUUGGAAAACGGUCGCAGAAAGUUUUUGCGCCAUGUCGUAUGGUUCGAGUCGAUGAAAUGUCUCAAAUAGCACAUCGAAAAGCAAUGGCGGCUGUCGAAUGGGUCGAUUCACUGACAGAGAUCGCUGAUCUCACGGAUAUUGAUGACAAGAUAGCUUUGGUGAAAUCAUGCUAUUCAUCGCUAACGAUAUUUGAUUUUGCAAUAAAAACUACGCAAAUUACAAGGAAUCCCGACAUUCUUUGUCUAUGCGAUUUCUCCUAUGUGCCUAGAAAAUUGCCGCCUGAAUUUAAAGAAAUCAAUCAAUUGUCAGAUGAUCUCAUCGAUCGGAUUUUAAAUGAAUUAGUUACACAAUUACGGAAAUUUAAUUUAAAAGAAGAAGAAAUUGUUUCGCUAAAAGCAAUUAUUCUUUUAGACCCAAACACAAAAGGCUUAACAAGUACAGCUCAACAUAUGGUAUCUCAUUUACGAGAUCGAGUUCAAGAUACUUUAUUCCAAGUAGUAAGAGAGCUUCAUUCCAACAAUAGGGCAUCGUCACGUUUCGGCAAUCUUUUACUUUUGAUUCCUACAAUAAUGUCACUUUCUGGAAUAAUGUCAGAAAAUUUACAAUUUAUUCAAGCAUUCGGUCUUGGUUAUGAAGGAAACAGCAUUUUGAAUGAAAUGUUUGAUGAUGGAUCGUCGAAACUUUUAGAGCCAGUUACAUCUUCUUCGCCACCAACUUUCGAAAAUCCAGCUGAAAUUUCGCUACAGGUAAAUCGAAACAAUUAUUUUUGA